CGGCAACCUUAUUAGGAAGUUUCAAGGGUCCCCACUUCUGAGAUCUUGAGAUACAAAACCCGCAUCGAGCUUAUUUUUUAGACCUUGUCACGAGAUACAGUGUGAAAUGGAGGUUCACAAGUCUUACAAAAUUGGAGACAACAAUGCCCGCAAAGCUCCGAGUGGGAGAAAUGAAGCCCACACGGCUCGACAUGGUCAAGGUCGCUUUACUUUUGUCAACACAAGUAAUCCGAAAAAGCCUAAAGAUCGUUCUGUUCAGCGUGUCAUUCGAAAACAUGUCAUGCGGGAUAUAGGCCAUGCUCGAAGACGCAAUGGUAACUACGGAAGACAAAACCUUUUACAGAUACCCACAUUUCUCUUAUCAGAGGAUGCCUCCAAUGACUUUAUGAAUCAAUUAUCCGAAAUCUCAAACGCUGGCCCUGUCAUCCCGGCACCAAUGGUGUUUGAAGCCACGCCAGACUCACGUCCGUCGAAUUCUCCGGUCAGCGAGGCUGAAGCGGCCUCAGAUUCUGCUUCGGUUCAAGUCAAAGAAGACCAGGGCUUGCUAGCAGCCUGCAAACUUAGCCCUUUUACCUCGCCGAGUAAAGCCUUUUCUGAUCCCUUUUUAAGUUAUCCAAUUGAAAUGGAUAGCCGUGCGCAUUGGUUGAUAAUCAAUAUUUUUGAUGACAGACAUGCCAACUUUCAACCCUUUCGGGACAUAUGGUUUCCACUUGCGCUAUCGGAUGGGGCUGCCUUCCAUCAAUUGCUCUCCAAUUCAGCUUUGCACAUUACUUCGCUUCGUCCAAUUGAUCGCCAACGAGAAGCAUUUGAAGCAUUGUCUCAUCAUGCGGUAGCUCUUAUGUGCGUUCAGAACCGACUUGCGGAUCCAACGGUAGCUAUAAGCGACGGUAUUAUCGCUUCCAUUAUUGGUUUUGCUUGCCACGACCAUAUGACGAGUAACUUCGAAACCUGGCGAGUACACAUGAACGGCCUGAAGAAAAUUGUAGCAUUGCGAGGUGGCCCGGAUGCAUUAAAUGAAAAUCGCUUAUUGCGAUUGAUAUUGACGUGGGUCGAUGUAAUAGGUAGCUGUGCACAAGAUGCAGCGCCAGUGUUCCCACUUCCUGAUAGUUUCUCUUCUGGGCUUCCAUUGUUCGAUUCGGCCAGUGGGUUCCCGCCAUUGGUCAAGAGAGUCUGUAACAGGUGGCGGCAAGACUUUCCCCGAGCUUCAGAGAUUAGCUUCAUCUUCGAGGACCUUAGCCUCGCUAUUGAGUAUCUAGCCUUGGAAGCUAAGAUCAAUCCUUUACGGGUUUGGAGCGAUUAUGGCAUUGUCGGGUUCUGGUUAAUGCCGCUCAUUCAUCGCCUGCUCUCCCUUUUGAGCCUUAAUGGUACCACAGAGCAUGAGCCUUCUCAUGAUUUGGAACAUAUCUGGCGUCUAGGAAUGAUUCUUUUUCUCGCUGACAUUCGAAGAAAGGCUGGCUUCGCACCCAUGCUAACUCGAAUCCCACUUAUGCAUCUGAAGGCUCAUAUUGAGAAUCUCUUUCUAUUGCCCGAUGAUCAUUGCGUGCGAAAAUUCUGGGAGCUUCAACUCUGGGUACUGGCAUACGCAAGCAUGGAAGCAACUUACGAUCCAGCUUACAGAAAAUGGUUCGUUAGCCACUUGGCCGCUGCGAUUAUGAAGUACUGUGGCGGCUCUUGGUCGGUGGCGGAACGCUGUCUAAAGGCCAUGCCGUGGAUAGAUAUUGUCCAUUCAACCAAACUGGAUCAGCUUCGAAAUGACAUCUCUGCUCGCAUCUUUAUAUGUACGAAGUAAAAUGUCAAGGAUUAUAUGCGAAAAUUCCUCCCCUCGGUCCAAAAGAAGGCAUUUGCAAACUUAAUAGAUGAGUGCUCCAUGUGGGUACGCUCUCACCGAAUGGCUCGAUAGCUCGUACCGCUAAACUAUGACACAAGACGAAGAUGGAACCGCCCAUUAACCGGUAAAUCUUGACCACCCACGGACUUUGUGCCCAUAGACAAAGAGCAAGAUCGGCGCGGGUAUGAAGGCUAUACAUAGAAGCGCAAGCAAGGUCGUCGCCCAAUCCACGCCAAGUGUGUGAUACAUGGCCACAGCAAACAUUGGGAAACCCGCUCCUGCCAAGGAUCUAACAAAUGUGUUCGCUGCAAUUGCGCUAUUUGCAUAAGGUCCAUAGCAAUCGACGAUAUAAUUCAGUCCUUGCCAGAAGCCGACAUAGAUUCCCAUACC